UUUAUUCCACUUGAUAUAAUAUUGCAACUCCACACAAUUCGAUCAUCAGCUGGUUGAAACCACUUAAUAGUUCCAUAAGAUAUCAUUCCACAUUGAAAAUUUCAAAUAUACCCCUAAAGUUAUAAGAAAAUGUCGACAUUGCCCAAUAUGUUUCGACUGAUUUUUUUUUAACUUGGUUUGGUAAUCAUGUCGAAAUUGCCAAUUGGUUUCUUAAUAAACGACGCAGUUUUAAUUCUUCUCCGUCUCUUACGUUUUCUCAGCGCCAUUGAUCCUUCGAUCUCAGCAAAACUUUCGCCGGCAAAGUGAUUUGAAUUCGUGAAGCACUAAAUUGUAUAAUCAGAUACGGUGAGAUGAAGAUUGAUCUGAACAAGGUGGCUCGUGAAAUCGAAGUGGAUAAUCGUAUUCCUCUCCGUAAUUACUACCGCAUCGCCGAUAAUCUCCUCCGACAGGCCAGUAUAUAUCGCGAAGAGAAGAAUGUGGUGGAUUUGUAUAUCAUGCUUCUUAGAUAUUCAAGUUUGAUUUCUGAAACAAUUCCUUUCCAUCGAGAUUACCAGGCAUCGCUUCCACAAGAAAGACUUGGGAGUAGGAAGAGGUUGCGUGCUGUAAUCAAUGAGCUCGAGUCUCUGAAACCGGAAUUCAACCAGCUAGUGGAUAAGCUGAACAGAGUUGAGGAUGAAUCCCGUCAGGAUGGAAGUGAUCUCCCGGUCGUAUCAUAUAGUUCAGAUGCUGUUGAGUGGCCUCCUGCUCACAAAGCUUCAUACUCCAGACCUGAUAUUAACAAGCCCUUACCGACAUCUCAACCAUCCUGGACGUAUAACAAUAAUCUGACUUCAUCAUCAAAUCGUACACAGAUUGAUCAGCAGUUCCAGAAGCUAUCUUUUGAUUUCCUGCCUCCAAACCAAGCAACCUUGUCAAGACAUUCAUUUCUAGGUCCGAAUGGUCUUAAAAGGCAAAUGGUUGCACCCAAGUCAGAGAUAAAGGUUCAAUAUCCGAGUAAUACAGAUUGGGGUUCUGCGGACAAUUCAGGUUUAAUUGAAGCUGGACCUAGCAGUUCCUCAGCAUCACUUAAUGGUGAUUCUCAAGAAGUCUCAACACUGAACUCUGUGCUCUCCUUAGAUGAUGGUCGAUGGCAGCGUCAUUCUGAGGCAGUAAAUUCCCAGUUUAUUAGCGACGCAACUGAAGACCCGUUUCAGUUUGUCGGUAUGAAGCAACCUUCCCCUCCUCCCGUGCUUGCUCAAGUGCAUCAAGAGUUAGCCCAAAUUUGCCCAUCUAAAGUAGCUGAUCCUAGACCAGGACCUGCAAUUCCUUCCCUAGAAGGAAAAGAGGGCAGCAAUUCUUAUCAGCAUUUGCAUGUGCCUGUGCGCAUAAUGGAUGAUUUCCUAAGGCUAGCUCGGUCAAACACAGAACGGAAUUUAGAAACUUGUGGAGUACUUGCUGGUUCUCUGAAAAACAGGGUUUUUCAUAUCACUACUCUCAUAAUCCCAAAGCAGGAGUCUACCUCAGAUUCUUGCCAAACACUAAACGAGAAGAAAUAUUCGAGUACAGGACAGACUCUCUCUAUUUCCCUUGGGUUGGAUUCAUACACACCCUACACAAACUUGCUUCAUGUCAUCAGUUGAUCUACACACACACUACUCGUAUCAGAUAAUGCUACCGGAGGCGGUGGCAAUCGUAAUGGCACCAACAGACGAAUCAACACCUCAUGGAAUAUUCCAUCUCUCUGAUCCAUCAGGCGUAUCUGUGAUCCGAAACUGCCAGCAACGAGGCUUCCACCCACACGAAGAAUCAGAAGACGGUAACCCAAUCUACGAGCAUUGCUCACACGUCUUCCUCAAUGCCAAACUCAAAUAUGAAGUCCUCGAUCUCCGCUAAAAGCCAACCUCCAUCACCAUGUUAUUAUUUUUCCUGGAGUCUUAACUUUAAAGAGACAUUAAAAAGACCUCAGAGAUCAGAUGUCUCAGCCGUACAUAUAUGUGUAUACUUCUUAAAAAAACCUUCUCUUUAAAGUUCCAAACUUGGCUGAGCCGUCUUAAGUAAUGAUGAUUGUGUUUAUUUAUAACGAGUACACUUUUAAAUUCGUAUGCACCAUUUCACAAAGCCAGAUGUUUGAUUAAAAAAACAUAAGUAUUUUUUUCU